AUGACGCUAGUCUGUUUCACAAGCCCUUGGGGUUUCGUCGACAACAGCCGUGACGAGCGCAACAUGCUCAAAAGUUGGCGAGAGGGAUUGGUCUUCUUCGGAUUUGCAGGCCGUUUCCGCUUCUUUCGGGAUGUGAUUCUGAAGGGCUCGCUGGGUAAAUACUUUCUACCAGAGACAAGCGAUGACAACGGCAUGGGAUACUUGAUGAGGCAAGCAGACAGGGAGGUCUCUGGUCGGGAGCAGCGCAUGUCGCAAGAGGACUUUUCCCAGGGAAGACCAGACUUUUUGCAACUGUGCCUCGAAGCACGGAUGGACGGCAAGCCAUUGACGGCGAUGCAGAAGCGCGCGCACGUAACGCUGCUCAUCCAAGCCGGCGCAGACACAACUGGAACGGCGCUCGGCAGCACCAUCCGAUUCGUUCUGACCCAUCCAUCCGUGUUCGCACGUGUACGAGCCGAACUGGCAGCUGCAUCCGACGCCAAACUUCUCAGCACACCCAUCCAAUUCGAAGAGACAAGGGCACACUUGCCCUAUUUCGUGGCUUGUAUCAAGGAGUCUCUGAGACUUCACCCGCCCGCGACGAACUUGUUUGGCAGAGUGGCGCCGUACCCGGAUGGUAAGGUCGUGGACGGUACCUGGGUACCGGCUGGCGCAGAGAUCACGAGCAAUGCGUACGUCGUCCAACGGGACCCUCACUUGUAUGCCCCGGACCCUGAAGUAUAUCGACCAGAGCGGUGGCUUGAGGACGAGGGGAAUUCCAAGGAGCAUAUUAUCGAGAUGGAUGCUUCUGCUUUUGUGUUUGGCGUUGGGCCUAGAGUCUGCCUAGGCAAGGAUCUUGCCAUCAUGGAGCUGUAUAAGUUGCUCCCAGAGGUUUUUCGGCAGUUCGACUUUGAGAUGACGGAGAAGGGCGAGUUUGUGGUAGUCGGAGGUAUCGCGUACAACGAACGGUUUGUUGUUCAACUGAAGCCGCAAAAGUAG